UUUUGACAUUUGACACAAAUCUAACCUGCAAACAGCUACUGAGUGAAUUGUUGAGUAAUAACAGUUAAUUGAAAUCAUUAUUUUAUAGGGAUGAUUAUGAAUUGUAUCCACAAAAAUGUGAUAUUGAAUAUCCCUUGUUAAUGGCUCUUCUUCGGUUGUCUUCCCCCAGAAUUUUAAGUAGGAUAUACCGUCCAACUUUUCAUCUACAAAAAAAUUUAAAACAGUCAACACCUUCAGAGAGCUCGUCCACCGUAGAUUUAGAAGAUGCCAUCGAUAAUUUCACAACUGAACUUCUACAAAAAAAGAAAUACGCAUGGGACAUGAGGAACGAAAAAAUGAAAGCAAUUAAACUACCUCCGAAAAAUAACAAUUUUAAUUCCAGUUUAGAUGUUGGGAAGAUGAGUAAAGAACAACUCGAUGAAAUAUUCAAUAGUGCUCUUGUAGAAUGCAAUGAUACUGCUAUUGUAGAACUACUGAGAGAAUGUUCAAGAACAAAAACAUGUCCAAGUCAAGAUCUCAUCUUGCAACUACUAAGUGUAUGCGCUCAAAAUGGAGAAGUAGAUUUAAUAAAUGAUUUGGAAAAGUUGUGUAAAUAUGGAGAUGUUCGAUUGCCAUCAAACUUCAAUUUUGAUGUUUAUAUAGCUCAAGCAAUAUGGGAGAAGGGGCUUGUUAUAAAAGGAUUAGAUAUGUUUCAAGAACUGUAUAUGAUAAAUCCUUUUCUGAGGAGAUACAUUAGAAUUACUCUAAGACGACUCAUAUCUAAGGAAGUUAAAAACAACAGUGAGGCAGUUUUACUUUACAUGUUGAAAGUUGCCAAAAACAUAAUCAAUCGACAUAAGGAUUAUUUCUUCUUAGCUUGCAUUUGGGAAUCAUGUUAUAUGAGCGAACUGUACUCUGAUCAAAAACUCGCUUUGAAUCUUUUAUAUGAAGAUAGGAGAUUAAUUGAAGUUAUAACAAACCGUUUGCCAUUCUUACUGAUUACUACUCUAAGAAGUCAUAGAACAGAGCCGGUCUACAAAUUACUUGAAUGUUUUCAUGUAAUGAAUAUGAAAGAACAGUGUAGCAUUGUGGCAAUGGCUUUUUUAGAUUACCAUUUUCUCCAAGUCAGCAUUGGAAACUAUUCAGAAAUUAUAAGGUGGUGUAAGGAGAGUAAUGUGCCCUUACCUAGUAUUUAUACGAAGAAGUUUUUGAAACUAUUAUUGAAAUCAGACAGUUACGGCAUAGUCACUGAAAGUAAACCUAAAUCAAUUGUAAAGAGCAAGAAUACUGAUUUAUCUUUUUAAUACUUGUUAUAAAUUAAUUUUCAAUAAAUUAUUUAAUUUUA